UGCCAUGGCUGCGGAGGCUGCCGGCCGGAAUGAUGCGACCACCGGACCUGCAGACUGCAUCGCGAUGCAGGAGGGCCCGAUGAAAGAGGGAAACAUGAAAGUUGAUUUGGAAGCGCCUCUGUCCACGGCACAGGAUGAUUUUACGAUCCAGUGUCGAGAUGUGUGCCGGUCCUACGGAAAACUGAAGGUCCUCAGUGACCUGAACCUGACUGUACCACAGGGACACAUUUAUGGCCUUUUGGGACCCAGCGGAUGUGGAAAGACAACUCUUCUGAAAUGCAUUGUGGGAACACUGAAAAUCUCACGAGGUCACAUCACUGUGCUGGGGAAGCCGCCUGCAUUUCCUGGUCACGAGGUUCCGGGAAAAAUGAUUGGAUACAUGCCACAGGAAUUAGCGCUGUACAACGAGUUCACCAUCAGCGACACGUUGACUUUCUUCGGUCGGAUCCACGGCCUGACUUCGAAGGAAACCCAGGCGCGCAUGGACUUCCUGAUUGACUUUCUGCAUCUACCUCAAAAGCAGAGCCUGGUCCGAAAUCUCAGUGGCGGUCAGCGGAGACGAGUGUCCCUCGGAGCUGCUUUGCUGCAGAACCCAGAGCUGCUCAUCCUGGAUGAACCAACAGUCGGAGUGGACCCUGUGCUCCGGUCCAAGAUCUGGCAGCACCUGGUGGAGAUCGUGAAGACGGGAAAAGUAUCUGUCAUCAUCACCACGCACUAUAUAGAGGAGGCCAGACAAGCCCAUGUGGUCGGCCUCAUGCGAAAYGGACACUUGCUGGCUGAGGGUCCUCCUGAUGCAGUCAUGAAGCAGCACAGUGCAGCAACCCUGGAACACGCCUUCCUGCAGCUGUGUCAGUCGUCAGACCAGAACAGCAUCCAGCGAGGAUCCGGUCCUCCGGGCGGACCCCUGGAGAAAAGCGAAUCGUUCGAAAGCGGGCGGGACGAGAGUCAGCCAAUCCUCGGGAUCGGCCCUCCACCUGCUGAAAAACAUCCGAAGUGUUCGGUGGACUGGAGGGCACGAGCCCGACACGUGCUGCCAAAAGGGCGAAACAUCGCCGCUCUAAUCGUUAAAACCAUGGUGCGGAUGAAGAGAAUGCCGGGCUCGUUGUGUUUUCAGUUCCUGCUGCCCGUCAUCCAGAUCUCGCUGAUCUGCUUGUGCGUUGGAGGAGAGCCGAAGGGGAUCCAGGUGGCCGUGGUGAACAACGAUACCUCCCCUUCUUCUUUCAGCAACAUGGUGCUGUCCUUCCUGGACAACUCCAGCGUGCAUCAGGUUCCUUUGUCCCAUCAUGAGGCUUUUGAGGGAGCCUAUAGUGGGAAGUACUGGGGAGUCAUUGGCUUUGGAAAGAACUUUACCAGUUACCUGACUAAACGGAUUCUGCAGCGGCAGGUUCCAAAGGAGGUGGUUGAUGGAGGAUCAGUACACGUCUGGCUGGACCUGACAAAUCAACAGAUUGGGUUAAUGCUGGAGAAGCAAAUUCACCAAGCUUUUCAGGCCUUUGUGAAUCAUAAAAUGGGUAGCAUGGCAUAUUUGGCCGACCUGCCAAUAAAGUUUGAAGAGCCAAUCUAUGGAAGUCUGAACACAGACUUCACCACGUUUGUGACCCCCGGAGCUGUGCUCAGUAUCUCCUUCUACCUGGCUGUUGGCCUGACGGCCCUGUCCUUCGUCCUGGAGAGGAAGGAGGGGCUUUUAGACCGGUGCUGGGUCGCAGGUGUGAGCUCCAUGGAGACGAUGCUGGCCCACCUCUUCUCUCAGCUGUUUGUCAUCAGCGUUCAGAUCAUYCUGAUGCUCCUCUUCAUCCUGCUCGUCUUCAAGAUUCCGAACGAGGGCUCCUUGGCUCUGGUCAUAGUUCUGAUCGUGCUGCAGGGCGUCUCCGGCAUCUCCUUCGGUCUCGUGAUCUCAGCCGCCAUCGACGACGAGCAAAGCGCCAAUCAAGCUGCCCUGGGCAUCUUCUACCCCAACCUCAUCCUCAGCGGGAUCAUCUGGCCCGUGGAGUGCAUCCCGUAUCCUCUCCGGUACCUGAGCCUGGCUCUUCCUCAGACCUACGCCUCGGAGUCCCUGCGCUGCAUCAUGUACAGAGGGUGGGGUCUGUCUGAGAUGAUGGUGUGGCGAGGCUUCAUUGUCACUCUGGGCUGGAACACCUUCUUCCUGAUCCUGGCGACGGUCAUCCUAAAGCUGAGGAAGUGACCGCGCCCCCACCCSAACCAGAACGGAUAUGAAAAACACUUGUGUGUGGUGAAAACCAGGGCAGCAGAAUUCAAGAGGGGGGAAAAAUGGGUGUCAGGGUGGAUGCGUUGGUCAGCCUCCUCCUGAUUCUCUCUCUCUGACACACACACACACACACACACACACACACACACACACACAAUGAUCCUGAAGCAGUUGCUCCUGCCUGUUUAAAGUGAAAUUUUGAGAGGCUGCACGUAGAAAACACUUGUUAAAUAAAGUGCGUUAACAGAGAUAUCAUGUCUUACAGUUCGUUUUGCUUCUAUCUGCAUCUCUGUGAACGACCACARACUAACUCAGGGUUACUUUUCUUUUUCUUUUUUUUAAGCCUUUGUUUGCCUUAAUGCUAAUAAAAUAUUUUGUUUGUUUUACCAAUUUAUUUGAGGCUACAGAGCCUGGGCAGUCCAUUUUUGAUGAUAAAUCUGCUUAUUGUAACUGUUGGACAUUCCAAAAAUCAGUAUUUUCCAUCUACUUGACUCAUAUUAAAGACAAUGAAAGAAAACUUUAAAGAGUCAGAGCACAAAAAUAUUUAUUUUCUGCUAAAUAUUCCUUUUCUCAAGCAGAAAAUAGAGAAAAAUAUCAUUGCACAAUGUUGUGGGAAGGCAGAAGAAGCUUAAAAAUAGUGAUUGCUUCAUUUUGUCCCAUUUAGGCUUCCUUCACAUAGUUUUUUUCUUGACCUUGACUCGUUGUGUUUAGCUGAACGUGCUCUCUGCUUGUGAAAGGAAGCUGUAACCCUCCUGUGUUCCCAGCUUCUGUGAUUUAUUGUUUUCAGUUUAGUUAUUUUUCCCCCCCAAUAUCUGUGCCUUCAUCUUAAAUAAGAAGUUUGGUGAUGGGAAAUGUUUCGUCCUGAAUGUUUUAUAUUUUUAUUUUUCAUUCCCCUCUACUUUGCUGGACAGAGUGGAGCUCAUUGGAUAGAUGUCUUUUCCCAGAUCAAGCUGUCAGCAUCCUUACAGUUUCAUUUUUUU